CCAAAGUGACAGUGCGCUGCUCUUCGGCGCAUUACGGCCCAGGCUUGCAGCGCAGCGCACCUAAUUGGGAGGCUCCUGUGAAUGAGGAGCUUUUCUUCCCCCCGGCCGAAGCGCAGCUAUAAAAGCCGGGGAAGGGAGGCAGACGAGCAGGCAUCGCCGAGGCGAAGGAAGAGCAUCCAGGUCCCUCAAAGCCCGACGAGGGAAAGCGGAACUCGGAAAAGAUGUGGCUCUUGGAGAAAAUCCGCGGCUCGGUGGAGAACGGGGCCUCGCGGGGGAACGACUCGCCGGACAAGCAGUCCAAAGGCCCGCUCUACAGCAACGUCCUGACGCCGGAUAAGAUCCCGGACUUCUUCAUCCCGCCGAAGCUUCCGACCGUGCCCGCCGAAGCCGAGGGGGCGGAAGGAAAGGUUAAGUCGCCCAUGGGAACCUCGGCUUCCGAGCAGAACCUCUCGGCCGGCAAGCCGCAACGGAGCCCGCGCUUGCCGACGAAGGCCGCCUCGGAGAGCAAGAACCUCCUGAAGGCCGCCAGCCGGCACAUCAUCCAGAUCGAGAGCGCCGACGAGUGGUUGUCCGAGGAGGACUUCAGCACCAACGCGGACCCCCAGUCCCAGACGGCGAUGUCGCUGCCGUACGUGCCCAAGGCCCAGACGUCCUACGGCUUCGCCACGCUCGUGGAGAGCCCCCACACGCGGCGGAAGGAGUCGUUGUUCCACAGCGAGCACACCAGCCUCUGCCCGUCGCAGGCCUCCUCGCCCGGCUCCCAGCGGCGGACGGCGCCGUCGGCCGAGAGCGCCCACCUCAACCCCCUGGACAUCAGCAUGUCCCUCAUGAACCCUUACCGCUACUUCAGCGGUGGGGAGAGCGACACCUGCUCCUCGGCCGAGUCCUCGCCGUUCGGCUCGCCGCUGCUCUCGCGGUCGGUCUCGCUGCUCAAGAUCUUCAGCCAGGAGAGCCAGUCCAAAGUCAUCAAGCUGAAGCACUCGGUGGCCCGCAACAGCUCGCUCUCCACCGACGACAGCUCGGCCGACACGAGUCCCAGCUCGCAGCGGCGCAUGCGUUGCGCCACCCCGCCGACGGGCGCGGUGGGCGGUGCGGACCCCCAAGAGCACCUCCACAAGGAGCACACCAUCAGCCUGAGCAAAGGCGGCAGCAUGCGCCUGGCGGCCGAGUACAACCCCUCCAGCGCCCGGCUGCGGGUCCGCGUGGUCACGGCCGAGGACCUCUACGACAAGCACUGCGACGCGCGGAGCAUCAACUGCUGCGUGGCGCUCUACCUGAACCCGGGCAAGGUGCAGAAGCAGCGCAGCACCAUCAUCAAGAACAGCCGGAACCCCGUCUUCAACGAGGACUUCUUCUUCGAUGGCUUGGGGGCCCGGAACGUCAAGAAGAUGUCCCUCAAAGUCAAGGUGGUCAACAAGGGCAGCAGCCUCAAGCGGGACACCCUCAUGGGCGAGAAGGAGCUCCCGCUGACCUCCUUGCUCCCGUUUAUAUAGGCGGCCUCUCCGGAUGACUCUCGUCGAGCCGCUCGUGCCCCUGUUCGUCUCACCUUGGGUGGUUGCUUUCCCGUACCUUGUACAUUGGGUGUUUCCACGACUGCCUGACCCACCACGGUCAACGGGCAUUUCCCCGACACCGUUGUUGCAUGUAGGGUGGGUGUUAGGUUCUCUUCUCCCAGUUGUGCUGUGGGUCAGUCUUCCACCAGAAGAAAGCACCAAGACACACGCUGGUAGAUUCCAACAGGUUUUAUUGUACAGAAUACCAGAACCUUCUCUUUGGCCCGUUUAUAUAGGGGCUCUCACAUACCAGAGGGUAAUUGAGGUUUAAUGGAUUGUUAGGUUCUCUUCUCCCAGUUGUGCUGUGGGUCAGUCUUCUGCCAGAAGAAAGCACCAAGACACACGCUGGGUAGAUUCCAACAGGUUUUAUUGUACAGAAUACCAGAAUCUUCUCUUUGGCUCAUUUCUAUAGGGGUUCUCACAUACCAGAGGGUAAUUGAGGUUUAAUGGAUUGUUAGGUUCUCUUCUCCCAGUUGUGCUGUUGGUCAGUCUUCCGCCAGAAGAAAGCUCCAAGACACACGCUGGUAGAUUCCAACAGGUUUUAUUGUACAGAAUACCAGAAUCUUCUCUUUGGCCCAUUUCUAUAGAGGUUCUCACAUACCAGAGGGUAAUUGAGGUUUUAUGGAUUGUUAGGUUCUCUUCUCCCAGUUGUGCUGUUGGUCAGUCUUCCGCCAGAAGAAAGCACCAAGACACACGCUGGGUAGAUUCCAACGGGUUUUAUUGUACAGAAUACCAGAAUCUUCUCUUUGGCCCAUUUCUAUAGAGGUUCUCACAUACCAGAGGGUAAUUGAGGUUUUAUGGCUGGCCUGUGGAAGUGGUGAGUGAAUUAGAACCAGGCAUUCUGAGGAGUGAGGUUGAAUGGGCCUUAAGAAGCAUUGCUAAUAACAAGGCAGUAGGAGGGGGGCAGGUAGUUGUAUGGCAUGAGUGAUCAUGAGACAAAUCAAUACAUUCCUCUACCAAUAAUAAAGAUAAAGGUUUGUGGAAGUGGUGAGUGAAUUAUAACCACUUAACCAGGCAUCCCGAGGAGUGAGGUUGAAUGGGCCUUAAGAAGCAUUGCUAAUAACAAGGCAGUAGGAGGGGGGAGAUAGUUGAAUGGCAUGAGUGAUCAUGAGACAAAUCAAUACAUUCCUCUACCAAUACUAAAAAUAAAGGUUUGUGGAAGUGGUGAGUGAAUUAGAACCAGGCAUCCUGAGGUUAAAUGGGCCUUAAGAAGCAUUGCUAAUAACAAGGCAGUAGGAGACGACGGGAUCCCAGUUGAAUUGUUUAAAAUCUGUGUAGGAAGGAUACUAUCGAGGACAGCUUUGAUAGUGUGGGGAGUGAAUUAGAACCAAACAUCCCGAGAAGUGAGGUUAAAUGGGCCUUAAGAAGCAUUGCUAAUAACAAGGCAGUAGGAGACGAUGGGAUCCCAGCUGAAUUGUUUAAAAUCUUGAAAGAUAAUGCUGUCGAGGUGAUGCGUGCCACGUACCAGUGUCAAGAGGCAAUGCUUUCUGUAACACGGCCAGACAGCCCAGAAAACUCACAGCAACGGAGUGAUUCCAAUCUUGGAAAACUACAACUCCCACAAUCCCCAUCCCAUGGCACCCAAAGAUAACGCUUGGGUUAUCUAUCGAUCUAUAUAUCUUUCCGUUCUAUAUAUUUAUCCGUUCUCAUAUAUGCAUGCUUCUUUCUGGAAAUGUUAACAAGCGAACCGUCCAGACUAUGAGUUUUUCCCGUUUCUUAACUCAUUUAUCGUCGGCUGUAUUUGGAUCUUAUGUUAAUCGGACAAUUGUCUGCAGAAUUCUCGGCCCCGUGCUUUGUUUACGUUUCCCUUCUUUCUCUCCGUUGUUUCGAUACAAAAGCAUGGAAAUUCCGAUUUUUUUUUCCUAUCCGUGUACCAAAGUAUGGGGAUCGAAUAUCUCAUUUUCCCAAGUGUAUCUGCAUGCCGCCGCUAUUAUAUUCACGCGACAACGGAUUCGUCUCGUCUCGGAGUUUCGACCUAUAAAUAAGUCGAGGAGGUCGCUGGGAUCUGUAAUACUUGUGGCUGCGGUUCUCUUUUAUUCGUCAUUUCUAUUUCUUUAAAAAAAUAUAUCCAAAAUAUA